CGUAUAUUGCCUCAGUACUUCGUUGGAACCGGGAUUCAUAAGUUUAAUAUGGCAUUCGCUCAUUUAAUUUUAUUUGUGUUUUUUAAACAAGUAGUUUUCAUAAGGAGUCAUGACGUUUUAGCGAACCUUCAGAUACAAGAAAGUUCGGCAUCGUGUUUCGGUUUAGAAGACGACCAUACACGAUGGAUGCGGGCUACCUGUUCAUCCCAAGACCUCGUCAUUCUUAUAGAAUCCUUUACCGUCGUUUUCCACCCCGUUGUCAUGAACUGUACCAACAACACCGUCAUUUAUGAAGAAUAUAGGCAAUCCUGUUGUUUAAAAGAGAGUGUGAACAGCUCAAGGGACUGUACAGUUACACAUCAGUUCGACACGAAAUAUUCCGUCGCCAAUUAUCAGACGUGUAAUGGGCAUUCUUCUUGUAAUGUCAUGGUCCCACAAGUGCUGGUGCCGAGCAAUGACUGUCCAUAUGAUAAAUACGAGCCGAAACCAUAUGAUAUUGUCUCAAACUUUAUGUACAUGAAUUACUACUGUCUUGAAAAGUCACUGAUUUUACCGGACAGCACUGGAAGCCUGAAGACACCUUGGCCGGGCAGUGUUAUCUACCUCCAGAGUCCUGGUUUUAGUAACGAUCAGAGAAUUCCGUAUAUGGCAGACAGCGAAUGUUCGAUCCAAACAGACAGCUGCAGUUCAGGAAUAUAUGUUUACAUACUGCAUCUGGUUUUAGAAGACAGUAACACUGAACAGUGGGAUAAUGUUCCUUGCAACCAGACGUUGAAAAUAGAAAACUCUAGAGGAGAUGUGCUUCAUAAAUGGACGUGUGAUGACAAUACCAAUCUGCAAAAGGGACAUCUCACAAUUACUGCAAACUACAUGCGGCUUAAACUUGAUAACAAUUAUACAAGUCCGAACAAUUGGGAUCAAACCCGCGGAGGAGCGUAUUGGUUUGGAUUCAAAUCUGUAGCCACAACAGAAAACUUAAGAAUUGACUGCCCUGCAAUCGAUCCUGUCUGUAUUAUAACGACCACAAAGACUACAACAACGACCACAAUGCCCACAACGACCACAACGCCUACAACGACCACAACGCCCCAAAUGCCCACAACGACCACAACGAUCACAACAACGUCAACAACGCCCACAACGACCACAACGCCCACAACGAUCACAACGCCUACAACGCCCAAAACAACGCCAACAACGACCACAACGCCUACAACGACCACAACGAAUUCGACGACGUCUACUACAACUUCAACGACAUCAAACAGUGCAACUGAAACUGUAACUGCUCUUCAGCGGGCGAUUCCAACGGCCGCGGUUAUUGCACUUCCGAGUGCGAUUUCGGUUCUCAUCGUUGUCAUCAUUGUUAUUGCAGCACGCCUCAUACGUUUGCGACGUCGAAAAGAAGAUCCGAGACUGGUUUCGUCGGACCAGCAGGAGAGCCCGUAUACGCAAAUAAAUUUGGAUUUAAGCGUAAACUCCUAUGUCGCUGCUAGGUUUGUAAGCGUCGGUAGUCCUGACGCUUCAUCUUAUGACCAGAUCAACCUGGAUCUCAGUCCUUCACAAACUGCGAUGGACCUGAAUGACGAUGGCUACGACAACAAUAUCAAAAAACACUCAUAAUGUCCGACCCUAACACAAUCAGGCCAAGGAAUCGAGGACACACUGGUGUUAAAAUCGCAUAAAGGCCAAGAACUUGAACUGAUGCCAAUAUGAAUAAAUGGUGCAAAUAUAUAGUUACUGUCUACUGAAUUUAUUCAAAUAUCGAAAAGGAUAUACAAGUUGCUUACUUACGAACGCGCAUAUGACCCAUUUUUAACUUUUCUGACAAGAUCUCAUGAAAAUGCAAAUUCAUACUCAACACUUGGAAGUAUUUGUUCAACAACAUUUUUUUAACUAUGUGAUUAUUAGCAACAAAAAGCGUUAUUAACCGACAUCGCUGCAUAAUAGUGUUAUAGUUUGUUUUCAUUUUGAAGAUAUUUCGAAUUGGGAUGGCUAUGUAUGCAAUUUUGUGGUUGCUUUUUUGAGCUUGUUUCUGUAGGUUUUCAUAUAAGUAAUGCACAUUUUUAACAAAUGGCUGUUUUGUUUGCACUACCUCCAAAUUUUAAUAGUUAUUGUUUCUGUUUGUACAUAGAUGUGUACGAAUUGUACACAUAUGUAAUUCAUUUGUAUAGGGGUUUAAUUAGAUGACCUUGUAGUGUUACGUUAUAUUGUUAACAUUUGAAGAGUACCAAUCAGAAAAUGAUGUUGUUAUAUCACGUGAUAUGGCUAACGUCUGAAGAAUACCAACUUUUUACCACGGGGUCCCUCAUGACAAAGACAAAUAAUUGUUUUUAAGAUUGUCCUAAAUUGAAUGUUUCUUAGAAAUCAAGGUCAUUUUUGUAUGUACCGGAACUGUUUUGACAGUUUUGUUAUCUCUAUGCAUUAAGAUGUAGACUAUUGUUUCAUUUUCUUUGUAGUUAUUCGUUGACAUUGUGAAAUUAUUUCUUUUUUUUCGACCGUUUUGUUUUGUAUAUGAGCAGUUUAAGUUCACUCUUUAAAAAGUAUUAAUUGAAUAUAACCGUUGAAAUAUGUUGUUUUAGACUAAUUUAAAAAAAGAAAAGAUUUGAUUGCAAUUUAUUUCCGAUAUUUCUCCAAUUAAAGAACUUAUCAAAAAUAAUAUAACAGUAUGAAUACGCACAAACUUAUUGACCGCGCGUAGCCGCAGAAAAUAUCAAUGUCGAACUAUUUUGUAUAUGUUUUAUUACCUUACAGUGAAAAAAGUAAUAUUGAAAAUUGUGAAACAUUUUAAAUUGUUACAUGAUUUUGAUCAUCAAUACGUAAUUUGCUCGACGACAGAGGUUAAAACAAAGGAAGGUAACCUCUGCUAGUGGUUGGGAAGAAAAUAACAUUUAUUUCAGAGCCGAAUAAAAAAUGUAUAUAAAGUGAAAUGUAAAUCGUUUCUUUCUAUAACCACGUAAUGCUUUAAAAUGAAACAGCUCAAUAAUGAAAGAAUAUAACACAUCCCUAAAGAACCUUUAAAAAUCCAUUUUCAUUACGUUUUAACGACAUACUGGUAUAAUUUGUAAGCAAUGUUUUAAAUGUAACGAUAUAAUAUUUCUUGUUUAAAUUGUGUCUUAGCAAAUAAAAUGAAAAAAAGUA